AUGUCGCUGGCCACUGUGCUGUGCCCGGUGUUGCCGGAUAUUGACAGUGUGGGAGAGGAGACUAACCAGUUCGAGUACCAUGCGCUGUCCCAGUGGAUGCGUGCGUGUCAGCAGCUUCUGCUCGUCAACUUCGCCAUUCCGACGGGUCGGGAUAGUUCCCUACUGCAUGCGCGGCUUUUUGACAAAGCCAGCGACUGGACCUGGCUGAAGGACCGGCACCGGAUGGUGUCCGAACUUCAUCCUGGUGCGCAUCUGCGGAUCGUCAUUCCGUUCGUGCGAUUCUACUGCACGGAGUCGGUCGUGGAACAGUGUCGGAGAUUGAUAGCGGCGCUUAAUAACCACUGUCCGACAGUUACCCGACGGAUGACCGAAAAGGUCACGAGCAUGCAUGGGCAGUGGGUACGGACGCUGGCCUAUCCCGACCAAUGGACUGGCAUCCGCAUCUUUCUCAACCUGGCCAGCAGUAUUGGCGGUCAACAGCCGUGGGAUGGCGUUGACUUGAGACAGAUGGAUGUGGCUGUGCUCAGUCGCCUAGCCAUGCACAUUCUGGACGAAUACUUCCAAGACUGA